AUGGGGCUCGAAAAUGCUAAACUUGAGCCUGUAAGGACCCCACUUGUGGGAUUUGAGGGCAGCGAGGUCGCAUCAUUGGGCAUGAUAGAAUUGCCCGUCUCCAUACGGGUCGAACCUCGAUGUCGGACUCUAAUGGUUAAAUUCUUGGUGGUGGACACCCCAUUUGCUUAUAAUGAAGCACGGAAAUGCUACAAUCUAUCAGUGAAAAGGGGAUCAAAGGGGAAGAAGAGGAAGGAUGAGGAGAGUCCCGAGUCUCGACCUUAUGAAGCCUAUCGUAUGAAGCCUAUUGAGUACAAGUUGGUAGAGCUCGUUCAAGGAGAUCCCAGUAGAACCAUACGAAUAAGGUCAUGCAUGGGAGGAUUGGAAACUUCCAUGAUCAAAGUCUUAAGAGAGAAUGUGGAUAUGUUCGCUUGGAGUCCCUUGGACUUUAGAGGUAUCGACCUGAAGUUAAUCGUGCACAGGCUUAAUGUGGAUCUGACAGUGCGACUGGUGCAACCAAAAAAGAGGUCAUUUGGGACGGAAAAGAGUCGGACUAUUCGAGCAGGAGGUGAGCAAACUGCUGAAGGCAGGUAUGUAUCCGAGAUUCAAUACACAGAUUGGCUCUCGAAUGUUGUAGUUGUUCCAAAAGCAUUCGAAAAAUGGCGUAUGUGCACGGGCCCCAAGGACCGUUAUCCUUUACCCAGGAUUGACAUAAUGGUCGACUCUACUACUGGAUAUGAAAUGUUUUCGAUGAUGGAUGCUUAUCAGGGGUACCACAAGAUCUACAUGGGAAACGAAGAUCGCGAUAAAACUUCUUUUAUUACUGAUGGCGGUAUUUAUUGUUAUAAUGUGAUGCCAUUUGGUUUGAAAAUUGUAGGGGCUACUUAUCAGCGAUUGGUGAACAAGAUGUUUCACGAUCUCAUAGACAAAACGAUGGAAGUCUACGUGGACGAUAUGCUGGUGAAGAGCAAGAGAUCGGACAGUUACCUCGAACAUCUUAAGCGGAGGUUCACAAUAAUGAGAUCGUAUGGUAUGAAGUUGAACCCAGACAAAUGCACAUCUCGAGUAAGAGGCAAAAAAUUUCUGGGAUAUAUGGUCAAUGAACGCGGAAUCGAAGUAACCCAGAAAAGAUCGAGGCCAUCAUGA